UCACACGUAUGCGUCCUGCAGGUGGGAGUGAAGGAAGAGAUUCUUGUCAAAAAAAAAACCCCGACAAGCUAGCUGGGGCAGGGUGGCUGCCAUCUACGGAAAGCAAUCAGAGUGACCGUCCGCCACCUGAACCAUCCGUCCGGUUUAUGAGAUAAGGCGAUCAAUCUGCCGCCGGGCGGGGAGAGAAAGACGCAUAGGUGCAAUUUACGACCUUCGACUCCCGAUUGGCGACAACAUGGCUGAGUGUAACGUUAGCAUCGACCAGGAUAAACUACCUGGAGUGAAAGAGGUGUGCAGAGACUUUGCUGUACUGGAAGACCACUGCCUCGCCUACAACCUCCAGGAACAAGAGAUUGAGAGCCACUUGGCGUCCAACGUCCACAAGAGCCGUCUGGUCCAGCAGGACCUACAGGUGGCCAAGAAGCUGCAGGAGGAGGAGGAUGAGAUAGCCAAGGUCGUGAUCAAGAAACAAAAUGUCGACAUCGAGCGCCAAGAUAAUGAGAUCGCCCUGGAGAUUCAGGACCAACUGGUCCGACAGGCCGAGCAGCAGCGACGGCAGCAGGAGGAGAAGGAUGCGGCCAUCGCUCGGAAGCUCCACGAGAAGGAGAUGAAAGAGGAAAGACGGCGCCAGAAGCAACUGGAUGAAGAGUACUAUGAGGACCCAGGAGCCUCCCCUUCAUCUCUGCCCCGCUCAGCUGCGAGACAGCCUCUUGACUUGGACAAAGCCGCUCCUCUUGAAUCUAGUUCCCCGGGCCGCUACGAUGGCCAUGCGCCGGUGAGCUCCCAACGCGAUCACUCGCCAGACUAUAAUUCCACUGAGCCAAAAAGGAGCAGGUACCCGAAACAUGACCCGGCGUCACCACGCAGCUCCAGAAACCCCGAACACUCCCUGGUGGCAGAGGGAAGGCGCGGCGGGCAUGCAGAUCCAUAUCCAGACCACCUGCUGUCCCCCAAAGGCAGGCAUAGAGACAGGUACCCCGAAUAUGAGCCAGCAGAGUCCAGCAGAGCCCGGGACGUACAAGGAGCGGACCCCGAGAGGGUGGAGAAACGGAAAGAGAGGCCGCAUGAUGCCAGAGCGAGAGACAGAAGACAUGACGCAGACUGGGCCAGGGACCCAGCACGGGACCAUUAUGCAAGAAAACAGGGAAGGAGCGACAGGGACCAGGAUCUGAGAGCAGCCAGAGGAGGACGAGACCGGGAAGGCGUCAGAGAUGGAGGCUACAGCGAGGAGAGGCUCGAAGGGCAGAGACACAAAGGCAAGGACGGACAACGAACGAGGGCGAGGAGCAGGGAAAGGACUCUGGAUGGAGAAUUCCCCGAUCCGAGGCGGGGCAAGGUGUCCCAGGAGGAGGAAGAAGAGGAUGACGUAAGGAGGCCCAGGGGUCGCCAGAGGGUUCUCUAUGACGACGUGUUCGAGGAGCGCUGGACCAACCCAGGAAGGGGUGACAGCUGGGACCUUCGACAAGGGGAGGCGUCCGGCAGUCGUACCCCCUCCAACGGAGAACCAGGUCGCAUUGUGCACAAAGGCAGUGGAGCGGUCGUAGGAGAGGAGUACGGAGUCGGCGAGGCCACCAAGGGCCUCACCAAGCUGGACCUACGCGAGCAGGAGCUGAAGGACAUGGAGGUGGCCAGACGGCUGCAGGAGGAGGAGAUGAAGGCAAGCAAGAGCCACGUGCGUGCAGCCCAAGUUGCACAAGACGAGGAGAUCGCCCGACUGCUGAUGGAUCAAGAAAAGAAGGAGUACCGGAAACAUCGAGAACGGGAGAAGGAGCGGGAGCGGGACCGGGAGGAGAAGGAGAGGGAGCGGGAGAGGGAGCGCCUGGCGAUGGAGAAGAUGGCCAUGGAAAGGAGGCGGCCGGAGGGAGACCACAGGGCGCAUUCCGAGGACGUCGUCCGACCUCGAACACGGGAUGACCACCAGAGGCACAGGAACCACCACAAGCCUUCCAGGCCUCAUCAGCCUCCCUCCCACGAAUAUGAGAAUGUGAACCCGGGUUAUGGCUACCCUGACCACGGUGCUCCCCAACGGGCGCCCAUCAGGCCUGAGCUCGCAUACAAAGGUGCCCAUAACAAGCGGUGACUCAGGCCCCAGACAGGCUGCCAGUCGUCAUCUUGUCUCUGCCCUUAUUUAUCCUUUUUGUCUUGGACCAUUCCCAAUCUGUUGACCAAAAGCCUUGGGACAAUCUUAACCAGCUUAUUUUCUACGAUUCUUCAUUAUCCUCCCAUGCGGCGUGAACAAAAGGAGUCUGAGCGGGCUGGAACCACACUCAUCUUUUUUCGCCAUUUCUUUUUAAUACAGCACAUCCCUGCCACGAGAGGCCUAAAACAACCCGACAAAUAACCCAUAAAAAUCCCCCAUAUGUCUAUAUUUCAUACUCUAAAUCAGGGGUCUCAAUGGGGUAAUUUGUCACCUGAUCUAUUAUAUUGGCUAAUAUGAGUGUAAAGGUGACUAUAGGGGUGUUAUUUAGUGUCUACUGGGCUCUGUUAAGUGAAUUUAGGUCGUAAACAGGUUUUCUUUAUAUUCCGGAUAUUCCAUUUAUUGUUAUUAUUGAAUCCGGCGUUGCUGAAAUUCACUUGAGAAAUAAGAAAUGGAUGGAACUUAUUCAACGUUCUUUGGCCCCGUGGCGGGUUAUUGCUCAUAAUAAUAUUUAAGUUACCAUAAGGCAACCAGGCGGGGAUGUGCUGUAUUUUCAUGUCAUCAGUAGAGCAAAGCAGCUUUGUUCCACGUCGUGGUCAAACCCGAUCAUGUGCCAAUCACAAGGGCUCGAGGCAUCUGACCCACGCAAGCGCCAUCUUUUUUUUUUUUUUCCCCUCCCCCCUCUUGUGAUGGUAUGUGCCUGUUCAGUCCAACGUGGCCUCAGUAUUUGGCAGCUGCUUUGUCCACCCGGGUUCUACGGUAGUGUCAAAUCUACGUGCAAUGCCACAAGACCACUCUCUGUCGCUUGGGGUUGGGAUUUUUUUUUUUGUUUGUUUUUGAUGGAAUGAUGUUCUCUGUGAGAUUCGCUGUUUUUAUGUGCAUGCUUACUGAAAUCCACAUCAAAUGUGUAAAUCAGGGGUGUCCAAAUAUUUAGAACAUUUAAACAAAAUGGCACAAAAGGGGGGGGGGGGGGAGUAAAGAGUGAUGUUGAUCUGAAUAGGUAUUUUUUUCUUAAUAGCUACAAAAUAUCAAAGUGGCAAAUUUGCAUAAUUUCAUCGCUGAAAAAAACAUUUGGACGCCCCUGAUAGAAAACAAUGCGCUAACUAUUUUCUUGCUUUUGUUUUGCAAAUAUGUUUUUUUUCCAAAUCAUCCAAAAGGGGAGAAAAAACAUCUCAUAUUUAUGACUCUUAAAAAAAAAAAAAUAAGGGAGCCUUUUUUAUUUUAUUUAAUUUUUAUGCUUAAUUAUGUUCACGUCCUGCCGGCACACGACAGCUUCCACAAUAAAAGCACAGUGGAAGCUGAAAUGACGCACUUGUGCUUAAAGGGAUCAAUUUUUCUGUUUUUAGUGCGUGGUGGUCAUAUUAUAUUAUAUUAUGUUCUGUUCAUAUUGAAUAAGCAGCCAGAAGAAGCGGCGAUGCCAGAUGUGGUAAAACUUUAAAAGAAAAAAAAGUGAAGGGCAAGAAGUUUCUGUUGUGAGAAAUGGAAUCUUUUAGUUGGUUUUCAGGUGAAUUCUAUUGACUCUAGCUCUCUGAGACCCUUUCCCCUCCAAGGUGGUGUUUAUUUGUUCGUAUCAUGUGCCAUAUGUGUCAUUUUCCCAAGCACUUGUGUAAGGGAGAGGUUGCAGCUUUCAUUGGAGGACAGCGCCGCCUAGUGGGGAAGUUCCUAAAGAGGUUUGGAAUCAAGGAAGCAAAGUGCUCAGGAUGUGUGUGUGUGUGUUAGUGUAUCAUGUCAAACAUUAAGCAGGUCAUUUUUUUUAAACAGGGCUUGGAUGCAAUCUCAUGAAAUCAACACGUGCUGGAAGAAAAACAUUUUUAAGUACAUUGAAAUGAUUGCUUUUACUUAUUGCAUCCGAAAUUGUAAUAAAGCUUGUCAGCAUUCACCACAGUCACUGGCUGCUACUUCUGUGCGACUAAAACAAUGUUUCUCAUCUCAAGUCUGUUUUUCUUUUGAUAACAGUCGCAAAAUGAUUUGAAAAAUAUAGCCAAGAAAGUUGCAAGCUGCAGCAUUUUGAGAAAAGUUAUUUUCUUGAAUUCAAUAGUUUAUCACCGAUGACAGAACAGGAAAAUGGCGGCCGUGUGGUGUCUCGCUGCAACAUCGUUGUCGGAAACAGUCGUCGUUCGUGAAGGAAAAUGGCGGCCGUGUGGUGUCCCGUCCUCGGAAGCAGUCGUCUUCAAUGAAGGGUGUAGUCGGCCUCUCCGGGAUAGGCUCCAGCAGCUUGUCGUCUGUCCCUGAUCAGCGCUGACGUGAGAGGAGCUGUCUAUCAAGUGGAGGACGCCGUGUUGAGACACGACGACACGCCCACUGGAGAGAGCAAGCGAGAGAGAGACAGGUAGACACCCACUUCUUCUUCUUCUUCUUCUUCUUCUAAUUGGCUUCCAGUCCAUCCAAGAAUAUGCAGAAACAUAAUAAUAAUAAUAACAAAGUCCCUGUUUGUGAAGUAGAAGUAACAUGAUAAAGCACCACCUUUAAUGUGAUGCAUCGCAUCUGUGUUUAUUUUAUGUAUCGGUCCCGUAAAAGACAAGCAAAAAAAAAAAAAAAAAGCCUAA